UCUUUCCUAUAAAUUCAAUCGGGCGCCCUAGUUUCCUUUCUAUAUCUAUGUUUUUCGUCCUCCCGUGCUUCGUUUGGACCCCUUCGCCUCCACUUCUCUCUUCUUUUCUUUUUCUUUUUUUCUCCUGUUCUUUCGGCAUCAGAUAAACUUGAUAUAACCAGUCUCUCGCUAAUUAUAUUCAAUCUCUUCCCCUUUUAUCAAGUAUACCAUGAAGUUAACACAAAUCGCUAAGUCUUUGGCUUUGGUCGGUUCCGCCGCCGCUGCCACUUACCAGAACACUUCUUACGUUCCAUACGGUACUGGUUAUUUCUCAGCUGGUGAAAUUUUCUUCAGCUUGUUCCUACCAAACUCGGGUUUCACUGGUUUCUCUAUCGCUUCCGAUGUCAACUCCGACUUCUACGGUUACUCCUUCACUCCAUCCUCUAUUUCUGGUGUUUACGAACCAGCAGGUACCCCAUUCGAUCUUUCAUCCGACAGCUCCUCUUCCUCCCUUGACAUCUCCAGCGAUGUUUCCUUGACUUCUGCUGACACUGCUGUCAAGGUUUCUGUUGAAGCUGCUUACACUGAUGCUAAGGACGAAUUCAUUGGUUUGUUCUUGGUUUCCUUGGAAGGUUUACCUCAACUAAUUGAGAAGAGAGCUGACCAAGUCUUUACCGUUACUGUUACUGCUACCACCACUUCCGCUUUGCCAUCCACCACUUCUGGUUCUACUUCUGGUUCUACUUCCGGUUCUAGUGAGACUGGCGCUACUACCAAGACCACUGCUACUCCAUCUGGUACUUCCUCCCCAGCUACUACUGCUACUGGUACUGAUGUCACUUCUGGUGGUUCCGGUUCUGUCCACACUGCUACCUCUACUACCCAUGUCACCAUCACUUCUUGUUCUGACCACAAGUGUUCCACCACUACUGACACCCUUGUUGUUGUUACUGACUCUACCGUCGUUUGUCCAGAAACUGUCACCGCUAAGACUACUACUGUUGUUACCAUCACUUCUUGUUCCGACCACAAGUGUACUGAAGUUCCAGUUACCACCGGUGUCACUGUCGUUACUUCUGAAGAAACCGUUUACACCACUUACUGCCCAUUGACCGCUACUACUUCUGGUGUCAUCACUGCUACCUCUAUCAUUGUCACUGUUCCAGCUACUACUUACACUACUACUGUUAUCGCCGGUACUACCACCACCAAGGAGGUUGUUUACACCACUACCACCUGUAACUACUACACCACCCAAGGUACUGCCACUGUUACCCCACCAGCUGGUUCUACCACCACUGUUACUGGUAGCGCUACUACCACUGCUCCAGGUGCUACCACCGUCACCACUGUCGGUUACACCAGUGUUGUCGUUGUUUACUCUUCCGGUACUUCUGUCUACACAAGCUACCAAACCCCAGGUGCUUCUUCCACUGGUGCUUCCACAGUUGUUGUUCCUUCUGGUUCCAACUCCAGUGCUGCUCCAAAGGGUCAAUCCGUCUCUCAAUACAGCAAUGCUGGUGUUAAGGUUGCUGGCUCUGGUUCAGUCUUUGCAGUCUUUGCAGUCUUAUUAUCUAUGAUGUUAUAAUCAUGAUGAUGAACGUUUCACAGAAUAACAUAUUUAUCAAUUUUAACCGUUGUCUUAUCAUUCUUUUUUUGGAUAAAAAAGAUGUCUAGUUUUUGCUUUUUUGAAUCAUCCUCAUCGGGACUUGAUCAAAUCUGAUUCCC